AUGGGCCCCUGCGGUGUGCACGAUCGGUGGGACACCACAGUGGCAGAUAACCGUGCCAAGCCCACCAACACACUACCCGGUGUUGCUGGGCUUGGCACGGUUAUCCUGUCCAGGAACAAGGGCGGGCCCACCUACAUCACUAACUGCCCCGACCAUUCAUAUGCGACUAAAGUGCACAGAAUUAUCCACUCGGUUGAGGAGGCGAAGGAUGCCCUUGCCGAGGAGACUAUAACGUAA